AAUUUCAGUUUCCAAUUGUCUUUUUCAUUGGACGUAGCGCAGUAUACGCUCGAGAGAAAACACAGCCUAAAAAAAUAAACGUACGUUUGCACUUUUUUUUUUUAUGUGUGAGACCCUUUUUUGUCAAGUCGGUUUGCAAGUGUGUGAGAAUAAAAAAAAAAAAAUCAACCACAAGGGGAAACAAGAAAAACGAACCUUCCGAGCUGUUGCGCUUUUCUUCAUUUAUUCAUUCAAAAUUCACUUAAAUAUUUCUAAUUUUUUGUUUACCAAUGAAAAGUCUAUGCAAAUAUUUAAGAUAAUUGAAAAUAAUCCACGUACCAUUGUGCUGAAUGUAUCAUAAACGGGUUGUGUUCAAUUUUUAAUAAAAAUAUAAGAACCAGAGAAAGAGGAAAAAAAAAAAGCCAAGUGGAAGAAAAACGAAACGAGUUCUACUACUGUCUCACUCUAACUUAUAGUAGUUCCCAUCAAAAAGUGACACAUCCAAAAAGAGAUAAAAAACUGUUUAGUUGUUGUUUUUUUUUUUUUCGUUGUGUUAAUUUUCGUUCGUUCGUCUCAUCGUCUGUUGCUGUUUCACCUUCUCUCUGUCUGGUUUGGUGUUGGUGGCGAAGUCUCGACUCGAUCCGCGCGACGUACACAGAAAUUCUUUUACGCUGAUUUCAUGUCAUCGUUGUCGUUUGUGUUUGUUGUCUCUUGUGUCCAGUUUUCAUUUUGUCAGGAGUAAAAUUUUCAUCAAUUUCCGAUUUUAAAUUAAAGAAAUAUUUAUAACAAAAAAUAUUUAACGAAACGAAGAAGAGUCGCAAUAGAUUUGCAAUUGGAAGUGUACUGUUAUUUUUUGCUACAUCUGCUGCCAUUGUUGCCAAUGCCGUCGCUUUGUAUUAGUGCCGCUACUCUGCCGUGUGUUUCUGUUUCUGUUUACAAAUGAAAAAAUGCCACUGCAAGUGGAUUAUUUUUUAUAAUUUUGCUUAAAAAAUUAUAAAAAAAAAAAAAUCAUUACUCAACUGUGAUUUGUCUCCGCGUUGCCGUUGUGUGAAUUUUUUUAUUUAUGCAAUAUAAAUACAGACGCAGGAAGAUUCCUCCAUCAAAUUGGUCAUUAAUUUAAUUCUUCUUUGACUUCUCUUGAUUCUAUAAAAAAAGGGAAGAAAAUUUUUCGAUUUUCCAAUUUGCAAAAGUGCAAGAUUCCACGACGAAGGACGUCAAUUCGAUAAUAGUUAAUAAAUAAGUCGUGUCGUUUUGGUUGUCCAAUUCAAUUUGCCAAUCGGCGUCGCCUCGAUUUUCUUUUUUUUUUUUGGAUUUUUGUUUAUUUUUUUUUUUUUUUACUUCACAUUCAAGUCAUUUUAGUGCGCAUAAAUUCGCACUUAAACAGCGAAUGCUUAAAUGGAUGCAACAUCAAUAAUAACUCAAGUCGCACGUGAUGAUGAACAGUUAAAUGUUUAUGCAAAUGAGAAAGAUGACGUUGACCGAUUAAAACCCCCAAAGCGUGGAUUCUUCCAAUCAAUAUUGUGCUGUUGGCGACGAAACCGAACGAAAACCAACCAAAAUGGCACACCGAUCGAUGGAUCAACAACACCGCCACCAUUACCGGACCAACAAAGGUACCUACUACCUCAAGUUAGGCACUCGGAUAUGCAUAAAAAAUGCAUGGUCAUCGAUUUGGACGAGACCUUAGUUCAUAGUAGUUUUAAGCCAAUUCCCAAUGCAGAUUUUAUAGUACCGGUAGAAAUAGAUGGAACCAUUCAUCAGGUGUAUGUUUUGAAACGUCCCCAUGUGGAUGAAUUCCUUCGGAAAAUGGGUGAACUGUACGAGUGUGUAUUGUUUACAGCAUCACUAGCCAAAUAUGCAGAUCCUGUUGCAGAUCUGUUAGAUAAAUGGAAUGUGUUUCGUGCAAGACUGUUUAGGGAAUCAUGCGUUUAUUAUCGAGGAAAUUAUAUUAAGGAUCUUAAUCGACUAGGACGUGAUUUACAAAAGAUUGUUAUAGUUGAUAAUUCGCCAGCUAGUUACAUAUUUCAUCCAGAUAAUGCGGUUCCAGUAAAGUCGUGGUUCGACGACGUAACUGACUGUGAACUGCUCGAGUUGAUUCCUCUCUUUGAGAAACUAAGCAAAGUUGAUUCAGUAUAUAGUGUAUUGUGCAAUUCAAAUAAUCCCCUCAACAAUCAUCUUCAACAACAACAACAGCAACAACAACAACAGCAGCAACAACAACAACAAAUUCUCCAACAAACUCAUUUAACACAAUCACAUCAAAUGCAAAUGGUGCAGCCGACAUCAUCAACGACAUCUAUUAUCACUCAACAACAACAACCCCAACAACCACAGCAACCGACUAACAACCAAGGAGUUCAGUCGCAACAACAGCAGCAACAACAACAACAGCAACAAAUCGGUAGUCCGCCCAGUUUAAACGAUCUAAGUAAUAAAACGUAACAGUGGGAAUAUAUGUUUAUUAAUAUUUAAGUUUUAAAGCUAAAAUGUUUUUUAAAUAUAAGACGACAAUAGCAAGAGGAAUAGAAAAACAUAAUAAUAAAAAAAAAAGAUUUAAAAUGGCAAAUGCAUAUUGUGUCCAUUUAAAACAACUAAACUAAC